AUGGCAGGACUCCUGUUGUUUGUCGUCCUCAUGCUUCUUCUUCGACCUAAACUGACAGUGAAUCCACCAGUGAUCACAGAGACAGACUCAGUCACACUGAACUGUCAGACUCCAUCAUCAGUGUCUGUGACUCAGUGUUAUUUCUACACUUUAAGUGGAGGAACUGUCAGAGUCCUCUCUUGUCUGCAGACACUGACAGGGACUGAACUGCUGAUGAUGGCACAUCAGAAAUCACCUGCUGAGAUUAAAGUGAAAUGUUAUUACACUGUAAAACGUGGAGAGACAAAUUCUCCAUCUCCACACAGUGACACAACCUCCAUCAUGAUACAAAGUGCUGCAGAAAACAAUGAGAGACAAACUGAUUUAACAACCUCCAUUUCUACUACAAAGUCACCUGUGGGUGGAGGUGAUGAAGGUCAGACUGUUAACAGAGCUACCACUCCUGUAACUCCUGUAAAACCAGCAUCAGAUCAGAGUUCUGUUCCACCAGGUCAUACUGUUGGCUCGACCACUACUUCCUUAACAUCAGUGAAAACAACAUCAGAAACAGUUACUGCUGAGAUGAAUCUAAGUGCAAAAGGUAGCACGAUGACCGCUGUUGAAACUCCUCUAAAUGUGACAUCAGGAGACAAUAAAGAAACUUAA